GUUUUCAGGUUAUGUUCAUGUGUCAAAACGUCAAAAGGGUCAAAAGUUUCAGAACCAGAAGGAGAUUUAUAAGGAUUAAAAGAAUUUUGUUAAAUUAAUUACAAAAUUAGUGUCGUACGUGACACAGAAAUUUAUAAAUAUGUUUCAGUGGUUACAUGGAAAUUUAUCAACUCUUUUAGAUUUUCCAGUGCCAGACGAUUUAACAGAAUACAUUCUUUCCAUUGAAAAUGAAAGAGAUUUGGACGAAUAUUUACGAACUCUGUUGGAUUACGAUAAUCCGAAACACAAGCAAUUUAUUUCCGACUUAAAAAAACGAAAAGCUUCGAAGGAAUUGGUUGGAUACAAAAAGUCAAAUUCAAAUGAAGAAGCAAUAUCGAAGUCGGUCGAGAAGAAAAAGGGAAAAAUUAAAUUACGAGAUUCUUCGAUGGAUGUCGUGAAACCGGAAAAAGUGGAAAAGAAAAAGACCAAGUUCGUGAAUCUUUAUGCAGAAGAUGGUCGUGAUAGAUCUAUUUUACUUAAAGGACGUUAUAAAUGUGAUUGUGAAGCGAAGCAACAUUCACUUAUAAAUAAUUGUCUCAAUUGUGGAAGAAUAGUUUGCAAUCAAGAAGGUGCAGGUCCCUGCUUUUUUUGCGGUGAAUUAGUCUGUUCGCCUGAACAGCAACAAAUUCUUGCCGGAAAUUCAAGGCAGGCUGACACAUUGUACAAUCAAUUAAUGGAUAAAAAACCAAAGGGUUACGAAGAAUCCGUUAAGCAAAGAAAUAGACUUCUUGAAUACGAUCGAAACAGUUCACAGAGAACGAAAGUGAUAGACGAUGAAAAUGAUUAUUAUCAAUCGAACAGCGUUUGGCUGUCGAAAGCCGAGAAGGAACGAUUGAAAAAGCGCGAGGAUGAAAUUCAAGCUCAAAAACAUAAAUCUCGACUGGAUCGAAAAGUGACUUUGGAUUUUGCAGGCAGGGAAAUUAUUGACGCUGACAAUGUUAUUGAUGAGGCGGAAAUAAAUGAUUUUCUUGAAAGUAGUAAUGAAUUUCCAAUUUGCAACACACACCGAACAAUGGAAUUUCAACGACCAACUUAUGUGGAGUUAAAUUUAUGGCCUUCGGAUGGAAAGAAAAUAAUAAUACAAAACAGCAAAACAAGAAUACAAGAUAAAGAAUAUUUAGAAAUGUCAGACGAAGGAUACUGUUUAAGUAUGCAUCAACCCUACGCUUCUCUUUUAGUUGCAGGAAUAAAAAUUCAUGAAGGCCGAACUUGGUAUUCGUCGCAUCGGGGAAGAUUGUGGAUUGCCGCAGCUUCUAAAGUUCCCAGUGUAGAGGAAAUUUCGUCUUUAGAGCAACAAUACAAAAUUUUAAAAAAUGAAAAUAUCUCGUUUCCGGAGAGUUAUCCCACUGGUUGUUUAUUGGGUUGUGUUACUGUGAAGGAUGUAUUAUCGCAAGAAGAAUAUCGAACAAUUUAUCCCGAAGGCGAGAGCGAUUGUCCAUACGUUUUUAUUUGCGAAGACUUUCAUCAGCUGCCAAUCAAAUUUCCAAUGCAGGGAAAACAUAAAAUUUACAAACUGGACUCGAAAAUACAUCGAGCAGCCAUGAAAUUACUGGAAAGAGUUAUGAAAAUGAGAGCAAAUGUUGAAGAAUAAUUCUGUAAAUUUUAACAAAUACGGAAAUAUUAUUAAAAAUAGUAUUUCAGUUAUUAAAUAAAAUAUUUCUAUACAUGGAAUUUUUUACGUCUAUGUAUUUUAAAUUUAUUUUUAGUUUUAAAAUUAACAAAUUCAAAUUCAUAUUGAAUUUUGACUUUCUGGAAAAGAGAAAGGUAUACUUUUUUUUUGGUAUUUAUAAAGAAAGAAAACUUUGUGUGGAAGAUCAGUUAAAUUAUUAACAUUGAAAUCAAACUGUGUACACAGUAUUAAAAAAAUAAUGACAUUAAAAAAAAAAAAGAAAACUAUCGACCUUUGGUCUUUUUUCCAUAAAAUGCAAUCAAUCAACAAUAAAAACUCUCACUCAAUAUUCUCUCUCUCCAUAUUUUUUUUUCUAAAUUGCAAACAUUCAUCGACAUCAUCUUAUCUAUCUAAUAUUAAUAUUUAGUAAUAUCAAGUGUGUAUUGCUCAAAAAUAAGAAUUCUUCUCAUUUAAACAAAUUAAAUAAUUAAACAAAUAACCAAGUUAAAAAGCGGAUAAAUAUUUUUCAUUAAUCACUCAAUUUUCUUUCGUAUAUCAACAGUAUAAAGAGUUAAAAAUCUCAUACAUUCUUUAAAAUUCUUUUCAAUAUAUUUUUUUAGUGCCAAGAAAACUAUUGUCUUUUAACAAAUUUGUAAAACUCUGAAUUUUUUUUUUCUGCUUUUUUUUGAAAGUUUGAUUUUUUUUUCAAACUGGAAACUGGUUAAUAUUUCAGUUAUUUUUUCUUCUCGUCAAAUAGUAUUAGCAUUGCACUCGUUUGUUUUAAUCCUAAAUUCAAUCACGAUUCGUCGUAAUACUCUUGUUUUUUUAAUUAUUGCUUCCCAAUUUCGUGGGGCUGAAGACAUUUUUUUUUUUUAUUGACAAAUGAAUCGUCGCCAAUACUGUUAAUUCUUUUUCUUUCGUUUUGUCACAAUAA